AUGGCCCGCUCCUCUUCUACCCCGCAGAAUACCAGAGUACUUCCUUCACAACUCUUUCCAAUUGAGCACGAUUAACAAUGGCCGCCAAUUCUCUGACAGCUAUCCCAAACGUUGCCUUGAACGAUGGUACCUCCAUUCCAGUUGUUGGCUAUGGCACAGGCACUGCCUGGUUCAAAACAGGAGACACGGGCAUUAACCGUGAGCUAGUCGAGACAAUCAAGGAUGCAAUCAAGCUGGGAUACCUGCACUUGGACGGCGCAGAGGUCUACGGCACUGAGUCCGAACUGGGCGUGGCGAUCAAAGAGAGUGGUGUGGCGCGCGAGAACCUCUUCGUGACGACCAAGGUGAUGACGAACAUUGCGGAUAUCCCGAAAGCGAUUGAUGAGAGCCUCAAAAAGCUCCAGCUUGACUAUGUUGACCUGUACCUGGUACACUCCCCGUUCUUUGCCAAAUCGGAUCGUGAGCUACAAGAGGCGUGGGAAGCAAUGGAGAAGGUCAAGGCUGCAGGAAAAGCUCGCUCGAUAGGAGUGUCAAACUUCCUGCAGACACACUUGGAUGCCCUAUUGAAGACAGCGAAGGUGGUCCCUUCAGUCAAUCAGAUUGAAUACCACCCGUAUCUCCAGCACGAUACGUUGGUUCCCUUCCAUGAGACCAAAGGGAUUGCGACGGCCAGCUACGGGCCGUUGACACCCACCACCCGAGCCCGAGGUGGGCCGCUUGACGGACUUCUGUCAGAUCUGGCCAAGAAGUAUGCCGUCGGCGAGGGCGAGAUUCUGUUGAGAUGGUCUGUAGACCGUGGCACUAUCGUGAUCACGACCAGCGGCAAGAAGGCCCGCCUUAGUAGCUAUCUGCAGAUUCUAAACUUCCAACUCACACCGAAGGAAGUUGAAGAAAUCUCCACCCUUGGGGGUCAAAAGCAUUUCAGGACCUUUUGGCAAGAUAAGUUUGCACCUGACGAUCGUUCCUAAGAUAGAGGAUUACCGUGAGCCUGGAGCAUUUCGAUACCAUCUCCUCUUGGUUUUUUUAUCCCCCGCGAUUGGGUGGAGAAGGUGUGGGGGUCAACUGCUUGAUUCCAUGGAUUGUUGAUAAUGGAGAAGGGGUUACUCUACCCCAUAGUUAGUGUAAUCCUAUCGAAUGUUUUGUCGUCCCUUGUAUUGCGCUCUUAUGGGUGACAAAUCUUGCGAAUGCCCUCCCAACAAACAGAGAACGCAGGAUGUCCUUCUCAUGAACAUUUUCUCUCUGUUGCCUGAUUGAAACAUGCAGUCACCAAGCGAAGGGACGUUCAUACUAGACACGCUAAGUAAUAACCAUCGGGUUUUAAAGCCGCGUCCUCCUCUCUCACGCACUCAGACGAAAGAGAAGGACCGAUAAGGAGCUCCGAGAGGCACAAGACACAUGGAUCAGGAAGUAGAGAGUAGCUCAAUAUCAAGAGUCUGUGAGACCGAUGCAAUGAAAAAGGCAGUUCGCUG